CGCUUCCUCACAUCACUUGUAACCCUAGAGAUAUCGAUUCGUUGGUCCUGCGCAGGCAAGAUGAGAUCGAUGCAGGCAUGAAGGUGGUCAUCAUGAUCAUACUGUUGCAUUUCAGUCUUCAUCGUUAACGUCUUCCCGGAAGCAGAGGUACUCCCUCUCUUGCGACCACCAUGCCGCCGACCCCAAAUCCACGCAUCUCGUCUCUCGACUUCGACACCCACCGCAGGCGCAGGCGCCCGUCGGGGGGCUCCCAUCCCAGCAUCGGAGACGAUGACUUUGACUUCAUGGGCCAAGUUGCGGCCGAGAUCAUCGAACGAGACCGCAUCAAGAUGCGCAGGGAGGUCAUCCGGGUCCUCAGCUUCGUCUGCGCGGUACUGAACUGUCUAUGUGCCGGGUCGAUAACCUCCUUCUCUCUCUACGGCGCCCGUUUCCUCACCGACUUGCGUUAUACGCAGUUCCAGGUCAACGCCGUGUCCAUAACUGCCGAGUUGGCCAUGUACCUGCCGGUCCCCCUGUUCGGCUACCUCUGCGACCGGUACUCGCCUCCACCGCUGUCGUUGCUCUCUUCUCUACUGUUCGGCUUCGGCUAUCUUUUGGCUGCGUACACCUACAAAUCCGGCCCGCUUGCAGAUGCUUCAAGAGACGAACACGGAUGGCCGUUUGGCGUCAUGAUCGUGGCCUUUAUCGGCAUCGGCGCAGGCACAAGUUGCAUGUACCUUUGUGCGGUCGCAACCUGCGCAAAGAAUUUUGCGACGGCCAAGUACAGAGGCUUCAUGCUUGCGGUGCCUAUCGCAGCGUUUGGUCUCAGUGGCAUGUGGCAGAGUCAAGUCGGCGCACACCUGCUGUAUCAAAGGCUUCCCAACGGUGGCAAAGGUGAAGUCGAUGUAUUCAGGUACUUUGUCUUCCUCGCUGGGACACUCAUUGGUGUUGGCCUGCUCGGCACUCUCGGUCUACAGAUCGUCGAUGAGGAAGAACUGAUCGACCACGGUGUUGAUGUCCUCGAGCGCAGCGGGCUACUAGAGGAGAGCGAGUUUUUCCGUGACUCUGAAGCCUCUACACCCGUAAACUAUGGCUCUAUUUCUCGUGCUCGCACUGGUUCAGGUAGCGCCACGCCCUCUGACACUGACUCCGAGGCAGAGGUCGACCUGUCAGAAUCUCAACUUCUCAAACGCCGUGAACAAGAACACCGGCUCCGCAAGAAGAAAUACUGGCUCCUCAACCAUGCGACACACACUUUCCUCACUGAUCGGACGAUGUGGCUACUGGCUGCGGGUUUCUUUUUGAUCACAGGACCAGGUGAAGCUUACAUUAACAACCUGGGCACCAUCAUCCCCACCCUCACGCCCAAACGAUACUUUGACACUACCAGCCCUCCUGCAGGCCAUGCAUCCACUCAUGUGAGCAUUAUCGCCCUCGCAAGCACAUUCGCUCGUCUCUUCACGGGGUCAUUGUCGGACCUCUUCGCGCCUCCAAGCCAGCCCGAGAAUCCGCCCACGGCACGAUUUCGAUUCAGUCGUCUUGUGCUGCUCCUUCCCAGCGCAGUUGUGCUCUUGCUGGCCUUCCUCAACCUCGGUCUCCCAUUCCUGACGCCUUCUGUGCCAGAGCUCUUUUUGCUCUCCAGUGCGUUUCUGGGAAUCGGCUAUGGCGCAUGUUUCAGUCUCGUCCCGAUCAUCAUCAGCGUCGUUUGGGGCGCCGAGAAUUUCGCCACGAACUGGGGCGUGGUGGCCAUGAUGCCUGCCGGUGGUGCGGCGGUGUGGAGUCUAGUCUACAGCGCCGGCUACUCGAGAGCUUCUACUGGUACUGGGCCCGGUGACGGACGCGAGGGUGAGUGCCUAGGGUACUCUUGCUUCGCGGGCUGGGCGUGGGGCUGCGCAGGCAGUGUCGUUGCGGCGAUUGUCCUCUGGAGCUUUGCCUGGCGUACGUGGAAGAAGCGCAACGUGAUUGUCUAGGAGGCAAAUGCGACGAAGAGGACGAAUAGUGAGGGAGAUGAAGAAGUAGAGAUUGACGUCCGAGUACGGGUUACUUUACCUCGCGAAGAAGGGUCAGGACGGAGGAGGAAGACCCAGAAGAGCAGUGAGAGGAACAUUCCUUGUGAUGUGCAUAUUCGCGUGCAUUGACCGACGUCGGCAAGGAAGGAGGUAUAGAGGUAGAACGGAAGAAGCACGAGGAGGAGUCUUGAAAGUGCUCUGGUCGGUUGUUUUUGGUUGAAACGGUUCUCGCGUUUCUCGAGUGGGUGUUUGGGUAUAUUUGGCUUGGGCUCGUUCACGGUCAUGGCGACGGCGUUUCUUGUGUUCAGCAUUACUCAUUCAAGUAUCACGACGGGCCACCGCACAAGUAGCCGGCCAGUUUUCGGGAUGCGAAAGCUGCUACUUCUCCUUUGUCCCAUAUCCGUAGUCCAAACAAUACAGACGGAAAAAUAAAAGAAGCACAAGCAAGCAACAAGUAACAAGCAAGGGACAACAACGAGUACGGAUGAUGGUGGACGCUUCAGUUCUUUCUCUCUCAUUGUCC